AUGGUACUGAAACUGCAUACCACACACACUCCAAGUUUUCUCGGGUUGCACCAGAAUGUUGGCUUGUGGAAUGCUUCAAAUUCUGGUAACAGUAUUAUUAUUGGUGUAUUAGACAGUGGAAUAACUCCACAACAUCCUUCAUUCAAUGAUAAUGGAAUGUCUCCUCCUCUGGCCAAAUGGAAAGAUGGAGAAGGACAUGGGACACCUACUUCAAGCACAACUGCUGGGAACUUUGUGGAAGGUUCUAAUUUGCUUGGUAAUGCUAACGGCACUGCUAUUGGAAUUGCAACCCGUGCUCAUGUGGCCAUGUAUAGAGUUUGUGAUUCAGUUUGUAAAGAUUUUGAUAUCUUAGCUAGUCUUGAUGCAGCCAUUAAAGAUGGUGUGGAUGUGAUCUCUAUAUCUCUUGGAAUAACAGUCGCUUUACUUUUAUAUAGUGAUGUUUUAGCAAUUGGCUCUUACAGUGCGAUUGCCAAGGGGAUAUUUGUAAUUGCCUCGACAGGAAAUCUAGGACCAAAUAAUUGUACAGUAAUAAAUGGAGCCCCAUGGAUUCUCAAUGUUGCUGCUAGCACAACAGACCGAAAGAUAAGCGCAAUAGCCAUGUAG